AAGUGUCACUCCACCACAAAGCCCUCAAAACAUCCAAUAUUUUUCUCUCUUUGCAGUGACUGCUAGCUAGUGAUGAAGCAAACUGAGCUUAUCUUCAUCCCGUUUCCUAUCAUGGGCCACCUUGGGCCUACUGUGGAGAUUGCAAAGCUGCUUGCUCAGCGAGCCCGCCGAUUCUCAAUCACAAUCUUCAUCAUGAACAUUCCGUUUGAGUUCCUUGAUAGUAUGACCAAGGACUCUGAUUCUUAUUCCAUACGUUUCGUCGCACUUCCUCCUGUAGAGGUCAGCUCCGAAGCGAUGAGUGAUCCCUUCCUCUCUGAAUUCGUCAAAGCUAGCAUACCACUUGUCAGAGACGCUGUCCACGAGCUCACUCGCUCCAACUCGGUUCGGCUUGCUGGGUUCGUUAUUGAUAUGUGCUGCACCCACAUGAUUGAUUUGGCCGAUGAGUUUGGGGUGCCCUCCUAUCUCUUCUUCCCUUCCAGCGCUGCUUUUCUUGGCUUCCUGUUGCAUCUUCAGUUCCUCCAUGAUUACGAGGGCUUGAAUCUCGAUGAGUUCAAGGACUCGAAUGCUGAGUUGGAGGUUCCGAGUUAUGCUAACUCUGUUCCAGGCAAGGUCUUUCCUUCUGUGAUGUUUGACAAGGAAGUCAAUGGGGCAGAGUUGCCUCUGUAUCACAUGCGGAGAUUCAGACAAGUCAAGGGUAUUAUGGCAAAUACAUUUAUUGAGCUUGAAUCACAUGCUAUUCAAUCAUUUUCUGGCAGUACAGUACCGCCAGUGUAUCCCGUUGGACCCAUUCUCAACACUAGAAUGGGAUUUGGUGAGGAUCAACAAAAUGCUAGUGCCAUCAUGAGCUGGCUUGAUGAUCAGCCUCCAUCGUCUGUGGUUUUCCUAUGCUUCGGGAGCAUGGGAAGCUUUGGUGCUGAUCAGAUCAAGGAGAUAGCACAUGGGUUGGACCACAGUGGGCAUCGCUUCUUGUGGUCCCUUCGCCAACCUCCCCUAAAGGGUAAAAUGGAACUUCCAAGCGACUACGAAAAUAUUGAGGAAGUUCUACCAGAAGGAUUUUUACAUCGGACGGCUAGAAUUGGAAAGGUGAUUGGCUGGGCUCCACAAGUAGCAGUUUUAGCCCACUCAGCUGUUGGAGGAUUUGUAUCUCAUUGUGGAUGGAACUCCCUAAUAGAAAGCAUAUGGUACGGUGUUCCAGUAGCAACAUGGCCAAUGUAUGGAGAACAACAAAUCCAUGCUUUUCAAAUGAUAAAAGAUUUAGGAUUAGCAGAAGAAAUUAAAAUAGAUUACAAUAUGAAUAGUGGUUAUAUUGUAAGUGCAUGUGAGGUUGAAAAUGGAUUAAGAAACCUAAUGAAUAUUAACAGUGAAGUGAGGAAAAAGAAGAAAGAAAUGCAAAAAAUAAGUAGAAAAGUCGUGAUAGAUGGUGGAUCUUCACACUUUUCUUUAGGCCAUUUUAUUGAAGACAUGAUGGCCAACAUUCCAUGCGAGCAAUAAAGUGAUACGUAAUGUAUCGGAUUGUUAGUU